AAGGGGGAGGAGCAGGAUGGGGGCUUCCACCAAGAGUUUCUUUAGGGGGUCUCAAAAGCCCUGGAGACUCAUUCCUGUUUAGCUCGGACCCUGCUUCCUAGAUACAGCUGGGAGCUUCAUCAGAAACAAAGUGAAGAUGCCAGAGCCUGUAAAGAAAACAGUUUCUGCAUUUACCAAGAAGCCGAAGACAACAGAGGUGACAGCCGGAAGUACAGCUGUGUUUGAAGCAGAGACAGAAAAAGCCAGCGUCAAGGUGAAGUGGCAGCGAGCUGGCACAGAAAUUACUGACAGUGAGAAAUAUGUCAUCAAGGCAGAAGGAAACAAGCAUUCACUGACAAUCAAUAAUGUAGUAAAAGAAGAUGAUGUGACAUAUGCUGUAAUAGCUGGAAGUUCCAAGGUCAAAUUUGAACUCAAGGUCAAAGAACCAGAAAAGAGUGAGACGGUCACUCCUGCGGAAGCUGCUCCUGCCCCAGCUGCCUCAGAGCUGCCUGCUCCACCAGCAGAAAGCAGCCAAAACACAGAAGUUCCUUCUGCUGGAACUCAACCAGAAGAGCCUGCGGACCCUAUUGGGCUCUUUGUGACACGACCUCAGGAUGGAGAAGUUACUGUUGGUGGAAAUAUCACGUUCACUGCCAAAGUUGCAGGUGAGAGCCUGCUGAAGAAACCAUCCGUGAAAUGGUUCAAAGGAAAGUGGAUGGACCUAGCAAGCAAAGUGGGGCAGCACCUCCAGCUGCAUGACAGUUAUGAUCGAAACAACAAGGUGUACACCUUUGAACUGGAAAUCAUAGAAGCAAAUAUGACCUUUGCAGGCGGGUACAGAUGUGAGGUGUCUACGAAGGACAAGUUUGAUAGUUCUAAUUUCAACCUGACAGUCAAUGAAGCGCCACUAAGUGGAGACUUGGAUAUUCGUGCUGCCUUCCGACGCACGAGCCUGGCAGGAGGGGGGAGACGGAUGACUUCAGCCUUUCUCAGUACUGAGGGACAUGACGAAGCUGGAGAGUUGAAUUUUAGUGCCCUACUGAAAAAGAGAGACAGCUUCUUGCGCUCUGUAAAUCGAGGUGAUGGAAAAACUGAAUCACAACCUGAUGUAGAUGUCUGGGAAAUCCUGAGGAAAGCUCCACCUUCUGAAUAUGAGAAAAUCGCUUUUCAGUAUGGUAUCACAGAUUUGCGUGGGAUGCUGAAACGCCUCAAACGCAUAAAGAAGGAAGAGAAAAAAAGUACAGCAUUCCUCAAGAAAUUGGAUCCAGCUUACCAAGUGGACAAGGGACAAAAGAUUAAAUUAAUGGUUGAAGUCGCCAAUCCAGAUGCUGACGUGAAAUGGCUGAAGAACGGACAGGAGAUCCAAGUGAGCGGCAGCAAAUAUAUUUUUGAAGCUGUUGGGAAUAAAAGAAUCCUGACCAUAAACCACUGCUCUCUGGCUGACGAUGCAGCAUAUGAAUGUGUGGUAGGUGAGGAGAAGAGCUUCACAGAAUUAUUUGUAAAAGAGCCUCCAAUCCUGAUCACUCGCCCACUGGAGGACCAGAUGGUGAUGGUUGGAGAAAGAGUGGAGUUUGAGUGUGAAGUGUCUGAGGAAGGAGCUACUGUAAAAUGGGAGAAGGAUGGAGUUGAGCUGACACGGGAAGAAACAUUCAAAUACCGAUUUAAGAAAGAUGGAAAAAAGCAGUAUCUAAUUAUUAAUGAGUCAACCAAGGAGGACAGUGGACACUAUACCGUGAAAACCAACGGUGGGGUAUCAGUCGCUGAACUAAUCGUACAAGAGAAAAAGCUGGAAGUUUAUCAGAGCAUUGCGGACCUGACAGUGAAGGCACGUGACCAGGCUGUUUUCAAGUGUGAAGUUUCUGAUGAAAAUGUGAAAGGAAUCUGGUUGAAAAAUGGCAAGGAGGUGGUACCAGAUGAAAGGAUAAAGAUCUCCCACAUUGGCAGAAUCCAUAAGCUCACUAUUGAGGACGUUACGCCAGGUGACGAGGCUGACUAUUCAUUCAUCCCUCAGGGAUUUGCUUACAACCUUUCUGCCAAGCUUCAGUUUUUGGAGGUCAAGAUUGAUUUUGUACCAAGAGAAGAGCCUCCCAAAAUCCACCUUGACUGUCUGGGCCAGUCCCCUGACACUAUUGUUGUGGUGGCUGGGAACAAACUGAGAUUGGAUGUUCCCAUAUCAGGAGAUCCAACACCCACUGUCAUCUGGCAGAAAGUGAACAAGAAAACUGAUCUGCUUCGAAGCAAUGAUGACUCCAUGACUCCCUCAGAAAACAGCAGUGAUUUAAACACUGAUAGUAAGCUUCUUUUUGAGUCUGAAGGCAGAGUUCGCGUGGAGAAGCAUGAAGACCACUGUGUCUUCAUCAUUGAAGGAGCUGAAAAGGAGGAUGAGGGAGUAUACAGAGUUAUAGUUAAGAAUCCAGUGGGCGAAGACAAGGCUGAUAUCACAGUCAAAGUUAUUGAUGUUCCUGACCCUCCAGAAGCUCCCAAGAUCAGCAACAUUGGAGAAGAUUACUGCACUGUGCAAUGGCAGCCACCUAAAUACGAUGGUGGGCAACCAGUACUUGGCUAUAUUUUAGAGAGAAAGAAGAAGAAGAGCUACCGAUGGAUGAGACUGAACUUUGACCUUUUAAAAGAGCUAACCUAUGAAGCCAAGCGAAUGAUUGAAGGAGUCGUUUACGAGAUGCGGAUUUAUGCUGUGAAUUCUAUUGGCAUGUCCCGGCCAAGCCCUGCCUCACAACCCUUCAUGCCAAUUGCUCCUCCAAGUGAACCAACCCACUUUACAGUGGAAGAUGUCUCUGACAGCACCGUUGCCUUGAAGUGGAGACCCCCUGAACGGAUCGGAGCCGGGGGAUUAGAUGGCUACAUUGUGGAAUACUGCAAAGAGGGAUCUACAGAAUGGAUUCCAGCUCUUCCUGGCCUAACUGAGCGUACUUCUGCACUGAUUAAAGACCUGGUGACAGGGGACAAACUUCAUUUCCGUAUAAAGGCUAUAAACUUGGCUGGUGAGAGCGGAGCAGCAAUAAUCAAGGAGCCCAUUACUGUUCAAGAGAUCCUGCAGCGCCCUAAAAUCUGGCUGCCACGCCAUCUCAGACAGACUCUGGUGAAGAAAGUGGGUGAGACAAUCAAUAUUGUGAUCCCUUUUCAGGGGAAACCUAGACCCAAAAUAACGUGGACAAAAGAUGGUCAAAGUCUAGACGCCAAAGAUGUGGGCAUUCGGAACAGCAACACGGACACAAUCCUUUUCAUCAGAAAGGCAGAGCUUCACCACUCAGGAGCAUAUGAAAUCACUCUUCAAAUAGAAAACAUGACCGAUAAAGUUGCAAUAACAAUACAAAUCAUAGACAAGCCUGGCCCUCCUCAGAAUAUAAAGCUUACAGAUGUUUGGGGAUUUAAUGCUGCCCUGGAGUGGACACCCCCACAAGAUGAUGGCAAUGCACAGAUCUUGGGCUACACAGUCCAGAAAGCUGACAAAAAGACAAUGGAAUGGUAUACCGUUUUUGAUCACUACCGUCGCACAAACUGUGUAGUGUCAGAACUCAUUAUGGGAAAUGAGUAUUUUUUUCGAGUCUUCAGUGAAAAUUUGUGUGGAUUGAGUGAAACUGCUGCAACCACUAAAAAUCCUGCCUAUAUCCAAAAAACAGGCACCACUUACAAGCCGCCUUGUUACAAAGAACAUGACUUCUCUGAACCUCCUAAAUUCACUCAUCCUUUAGUAAACCGGUCUGUGAUUGCAGGAUACAACACCACGCUCAGCUGUGCUGUGAGAGGAAUCCCCAAGCCAAAGAUAUACUGGUACAAAAACAAAGUGGAUCUCUCUGGGGACGCCAAAUACCGCAUGUUCAGUAAACAGGGUGUGUUGACCCUGGAGAUCCGGAAACCCACUCCAUUUGAUGGGGGCUUUUACACCUGUAAAGCUGUUAAUGAGUGUGGUGAAGCUGAAAUAGAGUGCAAACUGGAUGUCAGAGUACCUCAGUAAGACUCUGAAUCUAAAUUAAUCUGCAAGCCAAGCAUCAGAGUGGAAUUUGAAGAGAAGAAAAAUGAAGAAAUUAACGAAGGAUAAUUUCAGUUACACUAAAGAAUCCUGAUCACCUUAAAAGUGAUUUGAUACAUGUGUAUUGGGAGGUAGGGGUGUAUUGCAGUGCCCUGCUUACUCAGCGUAUUUUCAGACGAUGUUUCCCUCCUUUCAUACAUCUGUUUUAGUUUCACUGUCCCUGUUUGCAUGUGAAGAUAGUCAGGGAAAGAAUGAUAAAAAAUUUCCCCAUUACAUAUAUAAGAUGUCUGAAAAAACAAGUACUAAAAUUACAAGUGAAACCAAUCCAUUCCUAAUGUCUGAAACUAGCAUAAAUUCCCCACUUUUGCAGUUUUCUCUCCAUUUUUUUUCUCAGACUUCUGAGAUGCUUCAUAAGAAACAAGUAGCUCAGAAUAAUGAAAUACUAAUGGAUUAUCUCUAAUAUUGAAUCACCUUUCGUCAUGUCAAUCUCUGCACAACAGAAAGUAAUUUUCAUUCCUCCUGCUUUUACCACUAAUGCUUGAAGUGCCCACUUCUACGCUCUUGAGCAGACUUUUAUAGAACCACGUCUGAAACACACCAUUUGAAAAUCUAUGGGUUAGGCUACUGUUGUGCUUUAUAUAGAGAAUAGAUUAUCUGAUGAUCUUGAGGUCUCUUCCAACCUAGAAAUUCUGUGAUUCUGUGAUAAUUACCCACUACUGUUUUUCUAGUUUUUGAAAAGACACCUGCAUAGACUUCCAGGUAUUUGAUGUUUCUGCAAACAAUAGAGAUAUCACAAUAAUGUACAGAGAUAAUUUCGGACAUCAAAUGAAAUGAUGAAAGAUGUAGAGGAAGAUUAUUUGCACAAAUAUAUAUAUAUAUAAAAGCAUGUAAUAAAUGCAAUGAACUUACUGUCAUCAAUUAUUACUGAAGGCUUUUGAAAAUCCAUGUAUGGUAUGUAUAUCUUCUCACCUACCAUUUUGAAUAGAAUUUGUGGGUUGAGGUUUUUCUAGAUCUCCAGUAGUCUCUGGCUAGAAAGUAUUUUUUCAUGAAAUCACAGUACAAGAGAAAGUGGGAAGAUUAAAUUAAUCCAGGAAGCAUUAUGCUUUUGAAAACACAACACAAAGAACAGAAGUAACACUACUCCCCUACCUCCAACAUGCCAGUAGAGAAGGAAAAGUGUGUCCGACACAGCAUGUUAGUUGCACUACACAAGCAAUUAUGCCUUCAUAAUAAAACCACUUAUUUAAUUAGA